AUGGUCCCCAUGCUACUGACCACGGCCGACUGGGCCCAAUGGAGCGCUUCUCUUCGCGUCUUCCUGGACGCCUAUGACCCUCGUAUCUGGGAGAUCAUGCAGGGUACCACAGUCUACCCGCAACCAGUCCCCCAGGAUACGGAGAUCAUUCGACUCCUCGCUGCCCAAAAUGAGAAGCAGUCGCAAGACGUCACCGAAAAUGAAAUUUCCACCUUCAAAACCGCGGCCCGAGACCAAGACAAGGAAUGGAAGAAGCUUGAAGCCCAUGCGCUUCUCCUGUUGUGGUCAACCCUCGGCCCCAAGCCGCGAGAGAAGAUCGCGGGAAUUACCAAUAUCAAGUUGGCCGACGAGAAACUUCUUGAAUGGCGGAAUACACCUCUUGGCCAGACAAUUGCGAGCUGUGGUCUAAUUGGACCUCGGUUCGGCUCGACAAGAGCAUGUCCCCUGCCGCAUUUGUCGCCGCCUGGCAAGAUGCCUUGA